GCCACGAAACCUUGCUCUUCUGCGUCACCACCCCGCACGUGCUCCCGCGCCCCACACCUGUCCUGCAUUUGGGUUUGCACAGUCUGCUCUCUACACGAAUAGACUACAUUCUCUUCACUCUAGCUCUGAGCUCUCUUACUCAGCUCAUAUAACUUCGGCGCCAAAGCUUGCAUUCCUUCGAUCAGCAUCUCUUGUUCAAAGCAAAUCUAACAAGCGCCCUUCUCAUCUACUAGCAGCUUCGAGCAGCUCUCUAUGCUCCCCUCUCAGCUUGCCCCAAACUGCAGCUGAGGGUAUUCACACCACUGCGCUCCCAUGGGGGGCUCGGCGCUGGGGGACGCCACUGAUGGCCGGCGAAGAUCCCCCGAGGAGUAUGAGGCGAUCAAGAAGAGAGUUCUCGAGGUGGUAACCCCGCUUUACGACCGGGUCAAAGUCCCGAGGCACAUCGCGGAUAAGGAGGACUUUGGCGACCUGGAUGUGAUGGUGCAGGGAGUAAGGAACCCAAAGCAUGUUGAGAUCAUAAGGGAAAAGCUCCAGUCCAAAAAGGACCACAGGAACAGCGACAACCACAGCUACGAGUUCGAAGGGUUUCAAGUGGACAUCAGUAACGCAGGCCCGAAUGACUUCGACAUGUUUUGCGUAUAUCACGAGUUCGGCGACAUGAUGGGGCUGCUGGGCAUGCAGGCCAGCUACGUGGGUCUCAAGCUGGGCCAGCAGGGCCUGUAUUUGCGGCUCGAGUCCAAGGACGCCGGCGAAGAGAACAACAGCCUGAUAAAGCCGUACGAGCUCAUCUUGACGACCGACCCCCUGAAGGCGUUCGCUUACCUGGGCUGCGACGUACAGCAGUACCAGAGAGGCUUCCAGACGCAACUAGAGAUGGCGGAGUUCCUCUGUCGAACAAAGUUCUUCCGCCCGUACGUGUUCCGUCCGUCUGCGGCUAAGUACGACGCCCGGAGAAGAUUGCUCCACCGACCAAUGUGCAUCUUCUUCCGGGACUACCUCGCCCUCCACUUCCCGGAACAGAUGUUGGAAGAAUUCCAACCGCCGCCUGAGCUCAUACCCGAUAUAAAGGCCAUACGCGAUCAGGCCAUCCGCGAUUUCGGCAAGCAGGCCGAACGCGACACGUGGGAAGUAAAGGCGCGCCGCUUCCUCGGGCUGCGCCACAAGCUCCCCGGCAGUCUGCUUAUGGAGGUUUCGGGGUAUAAGGGCCCGGCACUGGGCGAAUUUAAGAAGGCGUUUCUGGCGCAGUGGUCGGACAAGGACGCGUUUGAGGACUUUCUGCUGGCCUCGACGGACGAGCAGAUACGGACACGGCUACAGGCUUUUGCAGAUGGUUAUGGGUAGAGGGUGCACGGUCGAACUACUCCCAAAUCAGGUUAUAGAUUUCAAUGGUUAGCCUAGGCAUCUGAACAGCACGCCUCUAAAUACACCGCUGCAGAUUCUACCGCGACACCACCACGUUACUGCGAUGAUACUCCAAAAGAUCUGGAUCCCUAUAUGACUCAAUCGUCAGCAAACCGCGUGGGUUAUAGGCCGCUCAGUAUUCGGG